GUUGCGGACAACUGCCAACUUUCUGGUUCGCGACCGGAUUGGCGUGCAAUUGUCCAACCUCUUCUUACCUGGAUCCUUCGUAGAACUGAAACGGAGCAUCUCGAGCAGAUCGCCGUAGCGGAAAGGACACGGUUAGCAUUGUCCCGACAGACCUCAAUUGAGCCCAUCAAUUGCAGUGCAGACGUUUGCUAUCGAAGGACAUAAAUGCGGCGGGUGUGGGCUAGUUAUUCUGUAUCCCACACGCCGCCGCAUUGCUAGCGUUCUAGGGAAGGUCUAAUCGAGAGGACAAUUGCAAAAAUAAGCUGCUGAUUACGCUCUAUAUAUAGCCUAUAAGCGCAAAUGUAUUGUGGCCAGCUCGACUCAGCCCUCGGACGGCAAAUGCCCCGGUUGCCGGGUCGUCACAAGUGCUUGCAGCAGCUAUCGCUAAGGACGACCAUCCACGCCCGGACGUAUGGCUCACGAGCACUCAUACACCGCAAUUACGGUGUAAGCAGCCAACAUGGGCUGCGACAGCAAGCAUGCGUCGUCGCAGCAGCUGCUGCUGAAGCGCAGGAGGCAGCGCCAACAGCAACUCAAGCCAGCGAAGCUCUACAAUUAGAGCUUACGGAGCAAACCCAACCACAACAGCAGCAACUUGCGGACUUUCGGCUGGACGGUGACGCGGCAUUGCUGUCGGACUUCCAUCGAAUGGACGCGGCUCGCAGCGCUGCGGCGCCCGCCUCGCUUGACGUGUGCGCUCAGCGGCUGGUGACGGACCCCGCGGAGCUGGAGCUGGUGGGGGCGGGGCUGCCCAUCAUUGACGGGCCCGACUGGCCGGACCAGUACUGGCAAGCGCUCAAGACCAUGUCCUCGGGCAAGCCGGUGCCCCCGCCCCGCCCGCACCCCAAGUUCACCUCGCAAGACCUGCAGCGCAUCGCGACACAGCAGUCGGCAGCGGCAGCAGACUCCUCCUCCGGAACCACCACCAGCACCACCCCCAGCAGCAGCCGGGGCGGCGGGUUGAGGCUGGAGGACCUGGUGUUGGAGCACGUGGAGAGGUUGCCGGAGGCGGCAGGGGAGCAGCAGGGGCAGGGGCAGGAGGGCGAGGGGGCCGCUGUGUCGUACCGCUACAUCCCCCGAUCCGUACUGGGGGACUAUACGACGGAGGUUGAGCCCGACUGGCGCUCCCUGCCUCAGAUCUCCAUCGUGCAGCUGUACCAGGGUCUGCGGCAGCGCAACUGGACCAGCGCCCACUACCGGCCGGAUGCGGAGCCGUGGAGGGUGCAGCUCUUCGCCUGCGACUACCUCCACACCGGCGUGACGGGGUGGACGGGGUGGCGGGCGGUGGUGAGCAGCCCGGGCGACCCGGGCUUCCGCGCCUGGGUGGACAUGCCGGAGGAGGGGGAGCUGGUGGCGCUGGGGGAGCAGGCCCCCCCUGCCGAGCUGGGUGAGCUGGGCUACCGCCACAUAUUCGCGCAGCUCUACCAGGCGUACGAGGCGAGGUACCCCCCCGAGGUGCUGGCCGCCAUGUACGGCAGUGUGGGGGGAGCCGCCCGGGCCGCACAGCUGGGGCUGGGGCCGGGGGUGGUGGCGGCGGCGGCGGAGGUGGCGCAGGCGGGGGGGUUGCCGCACGACACCCCGGCUCUCCGCCUGCUGGACGUGUCGUACCACCGCACCGGCAACUCCGUACGGCACCCCCUCACCGCCUUCCUCAUCCGCCCCUCCUGGGACGGACUGGCUGCGGGUCUGGCUGCGGGGUUGGAGCGCAGCGGGCUGCGGGAGCUGCGGGCGCUGCGCGACCGCCUGCUGCCGGAGUGGCGGCUGCCGGAGCUGCGAGUGACCCGCGGGCACAACAACCUGGGGGUGGUGUACUUCGCGGUGUGUCUGACACUGGGCAUCGUGAUACCGGCGCUGAGGAGGAGCAGGAUCCUCGACAUCAAGACCCUGGAGGAGGACCCGGGUGCCGCCAUGGAGUUCGCGCGCUCCAAGAGCGAGGCGCGCAAGGAGGGGCUGACGGGGGUGGAGUUCAGGGACGUGGCGGGGCUGGGGCCCAUACUGUCGGAGGUGGUGGAGGUGGUGGAGUUCCUGAAGGACCCGCAGUCCUUUUCCAAACUGGGUGCUCGCCCGCCCAAGGGAAUUCUGCUGGAGGGAGAUCCGGGCACCGGCAAGACGCUGCUUGCCAAGGCGCUGGCGGGCGAGGCCAUGGUUCCCUUCUAUCAGAUGAGCGGCACGGAGUUCACGGAGGGGAUUGUGGGGCUGGGCGCGGCGCGCGUGAGGGACCUGUUCAAGCGAGCUCGCGCCACCGCACCCUGCGUCAUAUUCGUGGAUGAGAUCGAUGCGCUGGGGCUGAAGCGAGCGGAGAAGGACUCCGCCAAGACCAACGAGGAGCGCGAGCAGACGCUGAACCAGUUGCUGACGGAGAUGGACGGCUUCACGCCCGACACGGGGGUGGUGUUCCUGGGCGCCACCAACAGGGCGGACUUGCUGGACCCCGCGCUCAUGCGGCCGGGGCGCUUCGACCGCAAGAUUCGCAUGCCCAAACCCGACACGCAGGGGCGCUUCGAGAUCCUCACCCUGCAUCUGAGGAACAAAAAACUCUCCCCCGACGUGGACCUGCUGCAGCUGGCUCGCGACCUGCCGGGGUUGGCUGGGGCGGACCUGGCCAACAUCGUGAACGAGGCGGCCAUGAACGCGGCGCGGGAGGGGCGGGAUGUGCUGGCGGCGCGGGACAUCUACGCGGGGGUGGAUCGCUUCACGCAGGGCGAGGUGCGGCCGCCGCUGCCGUCCACACACAAGCUGCCCGUGCUGUGCUUCGCAGCAAAGGAGAUCGGCAUCGCGCUGGUUGCGGGCGUGUUGCGUCAGCGGCACGGCCGCAUAGAGGCGGUGGAGCGGGUCAGCAUACAGCCCAAGGGGAGGGCCUUCAGCAGGACCAUGUUUGAGAGGGGCACCGACGAGGACUACCACGUGAUGACGCGGGGUCGGCUGCUGGACCGCAUGCGGGUGGCGCUGGCGGGCGGGCUGGCGGUGCGGCAGGUGCUGGGGGAGGACACCAACUUCACAGCGGCAGACCUGCAGCGCGUCACCCGCAUGGCCAAGCGCUUCGUGUUCUACUUUGGCUUCAGCGAGCAGCUGGGCAUCACCGCCUGGGCCAACCAGCCCUACUCGGGGGAUUUCCUGCUGGGGCAGCAGCGGGCGAGGAAGGUGGUGUCCACUGACGCCAUGGACGCCCUGGCCGAGUGGCCCACCAUUGCGGAGGACUUCCGAUUCGACCCGCCCUCGCCCUCGGAUGUGACCUGGCACCGCUACAUGGCGGAGGUGCGGCGGGUGGUGGUGAGCUGCUGCGAGGACGUGGCGGCCAUCCUGGCGGCGCACGAGGGGGCGCUGUGGGCGGGAAUCAAGGCCCUGUCCGAGCGCAAGGAGAUGUUGGGUUCGGAGCUGCGCGACCUGUUCGACCAGCACCCACCCGCUGGGGGGGAGGGUGGUGCUGCGGCAGGCGGGCGGGCGCAGGAGCUCAGCCCCUACAGCGAGGAGCAGGCGGACAUGAGCAGGUGGCCGUACGGCAUCGAGUGGCUGAAUGACGCCUAUCCGGUGCCGCACUGGGUACGACAGCAGCAGCAGCAGGAGCAGCAGGAGGAGCAGCAGAAGAAGGAGGAGGAGCAGGUGGCAGUUUGAGCGGAGGACGAGAGGGGUGGGAGGUGAAGGUAGUAAUGUAGGCAGAGGCGAAGGCAGGGAAGGG